GCGUGUGAGAAAGAAAUAAGAAAACCCACACCAAAGUAGGAUCCAAGACGAAGACCAACAAGAGGAAGAAGAAAAGCAGCGAAACUGAAGAGAGAAUGAAGAAAUAAAUGAUUAGAAGCAGUUGGAUUAAAGGAGAGUGAGUUUCAACCAUUGUCAUCGUCAACAUCAUCACAUUACAUUCAUUUCACUUCAACUCGUUCACUUUCCUCAAUCUCCAAUUCAACCUCACACUUAUGGGCGAACACACGCUAGGUCAAGCACAAUCCCUAAUCGAACCUCAACCCCACCCAGCUCCCUCCUCCUCCGCCGCUGGCCCCGACGGCGCUCAGGCGGACUCAGAACUAAACAAUGUCCUUCCGCACGUAAACUCCCCUGCCUCCAAAAUCCCCCUCCGUCCCCGUAAGAUCCGGAAGGUCUCACCGGACCCUUCCACAUCCGAAUCCCUAACCGAACCCUCUAAACCGGGCAAGAGCGGCGGUCGGAGCACCAAGCAUGUUCCGCCUUCGCGAGCCAUGGCGGUGGUGCCGCGCUUAGUGGCGCGUUCACUCUCGUGUGAAGGCGAGGUGGAGAUCGCGCUCCGAUUUCUCAGGAACGCGGACCCUCUUCUCUCUCCUCUUAUCGACAUUCACCAACCCCCAACCUUCGACAAUUUCCACACUCCCUUCCUCGCCCUAACGCGUAGCAUCUUGUACCAGCAACUCGCGUACAAAGCAGGCACCUCCAUCUACACGCGCUUCAUCGCGCUCUGCGGUGGCGAAAACGGCGUCGUUCCCGAAACCGUUCUCGCUUUGACUCCCCAACAGCUUCGCCAAAUUGGGGUUUCGGGGCGGAAGGCGAGUUACCUUCACGAUUUGGCGAGGAAGUACCAGAACGGGAUACUGUCCGAUUCGGCCAUUGUGAACAUGGAUGAUAAGUCACUCUUCACUAUGCUAACCAUGGUCAAUGGAAUUGGCUCUUGGUCUGUUCACAUGUUCAUGAUUUUUUCCCUCCACAGACCCGAUGUUCUCCCCAUCAAUGAUUUGGGUGUGAGGAAAGGGGUUCAGCUUCUUUAUAACCUCGAGGACUUGCCGCGGCCGUCGCAGAUGGACCAAUUGUGUGAGAAGUGGAGGCCUUAUCGUUCUGUUGCGUCGUGGUAUAUGUGGAGAUUUGUUGAAGCCAAAGGAACUCCUUCUAGUGCUGUGGCAGUAGCCACUGGUGCCGGCUUGCAGCAGCAGCAGCAUCACCACCAGCACCAACAACAUGAGCAACAGCAGCAACAGCAACAUCCUCCACAGCCGCAGCUUCUGGACCCCAUAAAUAGUAUGUUUAAUCUCGGGGCCGCCUGUGCUUGGGGACAAUGAUCCCCAACGGAAUUUGUAUCAGGCUUCGUUAGCAGUCGCUCACACGGGAAGUUGCAAAGACACGACGUGAAGUGUAUUUAAUGAUAGAUCUUAGUACUGAGACUUGGACAUUGGGAGCAUUGAAGCAUCAAUGUAUGAUUUGCCUUGUGUUCAAUAAAAGCCAGUGCAAGAUUAAUAAAGGCCACUCCUUACUUUUGUUUUUAUUUAAGUAAUUGUAGUUGUUGGAGGGCUAUGUCAUGUUGUUAAGGCGUCAGUUAGUAGGACUAGACUGAUUAGAGGGCUGUGUUUCAUUGCCUUUGCUGCAUGGUAGUGUGUUUUUUUGGAGUGUCAGACCAUGUGAUGUAAUUAAUGUGUGCAUGGAGUCAUUAUCUUGCAUCCUGCUGCUACUGGAUGAGCCCUAUGCUUUAUGUGUCGUUCUUCUAAUGCAAAGAAAAGUGGGGGACUAAUUAUCUGGUAA